AUCGCACCAAGCUCAGAGCAUGCGGUGUCCCUGAAGUUAUGUGCAAUUCCCUCAGGCGCAAAAGCCCUGCAAACCAGAAAACGGCAAAGAAUGCCAAAAAGCCUAAAAAGGCUGAGGUAAACUACCUCCCUCCAUACCCAGCAGGAGAAACGGAGGAAAGUUUGGAGCAAGAGCGGAUUCAGCUACUGACUGAGAUCCAAAAAAGGGACAACAACAAAGUGAUAAAGGAAAUAAUGUGCAACACAUUUGCACACCGAAGAAAUGAAAUCGUAAACCAAAUGCCCAGCAUUAAGGACUUCCAUGCGAGGUGGCCUGCAUUAUUUGAAGCAUCCCAAAUUGAAGAGGAGUUUCACCGAAUUUCUACCGUGCACCUUGAAGCUAAAUUUAUGGCCAAGCUAGAUGAAUACACUCCCAGGCUCAUGACAAUCUUUCAGGCCAAGGGUGGCGCCAUGGGAUUGAAGCUCCAGGCCAUUCUCCUCAAGGCCCCAACCAAUCCUGAUGUCAACUUGAUGCGGGACCUCAUCAUCCAGUGCUUGAUGGUAUACCUUGGGGAGUCCCUGAAUGAUCUCUUGAAAGAGUUUGAUGACGCUGAUGAAGAACGGAUGUCCGAGGACCUUGCUGCUCAAAAAAUGAAGAUCUACAGCAUCAUGUCCAGCUCAGCAGAGGGGCCGAGCGAUGUUGGUGUCGUCAUUGAGGGAGUGAAAGUUCUCACCACUCUGGGUACCUUUGCCAGGGCUUGCUGCAUGCUCCUUGGGCUGACUUAUGCACUAAAUCUGGCCUACCCUAAGGAGCUCAGAUAUACAUUUGAAAUCUUCCAGACGCUCCUUCUGGAGCUGGACUGUUCAAAGCAGUCCCCAAAGCUGCACACUUUGAAGAGUAAGUUGUUGGACUAAGGAAAUGCCGAACUGGACACUUGAGCUGAGGCGGUGCGAUGGACACUUGACUUCAGUUUUUCAGAACUUAAUGACUUAAAGAUUUACCUUUUAAUUUCUCCAAACACUACUUUUUCAAACAGGUUGACACACGCACUAAAAAAGUCAAAAUGUGUUACGCCAUCAUCGGUUGAUUUGUUGAUAUCUGAUGUGUCUGUAGAUGUGUUUGAAGCUGUGAACGAAACAUUAACAGUUAUAUCUACUGUGCCGUUAAGCAAACUUAUGCUAAGACCGUGCGAUGGACACUUGAGCUGAGGCACUGCGAUGGACACUUAAGCUGAGACACUCUGACUGCUGUGUUUCCGCCUCGAAGAAAAGUGUUCAUUAGUCUUCAUCAGUCUUCAUUAACAUCAACACAUCUAGCGUCUAUUUGUUAAGUUGAUAAUAGCAAACACUUCGCAUACAAAACAGUUUUGGAACAACUUUUGAAAGAUAUUGCCACUUUAGAACAAAAAGCCAUUUUCAUUUCAAGUUUUGGAAAACGUACAAGGGUUACAAAGUAAUGCUGUAUGUAUUCAUGUCAAUGAAGACUGAAACUUUGACAAAUUUCCCAUUACCCAAUACAAGUUACAGCUGUUACUUUGGUGUUC